GUUCAUCACCAUGGUUACUGGGAAGCGUCUGGCUGACUUCGGCUAUCGGGCCUUCUCUGCCUCGAUGAUGCUGCUGACGGCGUACGGAGGAUACAUGUGUGCCAUGCGAGGAUACCGAUACAUGCAGAAGCAAAAGGCGCUGAAAAUGGCAGCAGAAAAUCAGGAUCCUGAAAUCAUCAAAGACUGAUCUCCUCUUUGCACACAUGUGGACAUUUCUCCCCAUUCCUCCUCUUUUUGGUCCAUCGCUAAAAUCACAAACAUGAUUUUUCCAAUCGGGAUGUUUGUCGCGGGUAUUGUGUCCUCGCAAGGAAGAUGUUUUGUUCAUGAAAACCUCAUCUAGAAAAUGAACCAACAUUGACAUCCAUGUUAUGAGCGUUUCAGAAGUGAAGAUGGUUGUAAUUGUUUGAAUUGUAUUAAAUUAAAUGCCUUUAACCACA